AUGGAAGAUCUACCUCGCAUCGCCUCUGAGAAAGAGGGAUAUAACUUCUCCGCCCUCCGACACGAUGGCUUUGGUCCGACACGCUCGUCCCGGAGGGUCCAUCGAGGUUUCAUUUUCGCCAUCAUGAUACUGACACCGUUGGCAACCGUGGUUGUGUUCUUGGGCUGGAGUGGGGUCUCAGUAGGAAGCUCGUCUCCUCCAGAUUCAUGCGAUACUGUCGUGACAGGGUUUCAAUGUCAACCAACCAUUUCCCACUAUUGGGGCCAGUACUCGCCCUACUUUACUGUACCCUCCGAUAUCUCGACAGACGUUCCUGAUAGCUGCAAUGUCACAUUCGUUCAGAUCUUGUCCCGCCAUGGAGCUCGAGAUCCGACAGCAUCAAAGACCAAGACCUACAACAACACCAUCAAACAGGUGCAUGCCAACGUGAAAACCUUCACAGGGGCGUAUGAGUUUCUCGCCAAUUAUUCGUACACUCUCGGCGCGGACCAGUUGACGACUUUCGGUCAGGAGCAGAUGGUCAAUUCGGGUACCAAAUUCUAUCAUCGAUAUCGCUUGCUUGCAAUGUCCCUCGAACCCUUCAUCCGUUCCUCGAGCGAGAAUCGAGUGGUAGAGUCGGCCCUCAAUUGGACACAGGGCUUCCACGUCUCGAAACUGGCCGACAAAUCUGCGGAUGUCGACUCUGGCUAUCCAUAUCCGAUGAUCCUGCAGUAUGAAGGUGAUGGGUUCAACAACACGCUGAACCAUGCUCUCUGCACGGAAUUUGAGAACGGCACAGCCAGCGAGAUUGGCAACGACGCUCAGGAGGCCUGGGCGAAGAUCUUCAUCCCUCCCAUCCAAGCACGCUUCAACGCCGGUCUGCCCGGCGCCAAUCUCAGCAUGGACCAGACAGUGGACAUGAUGGACCUUUGCCCGUUCAACACCGUUGCCAAUGAUGACGGCACCAUUUCGCCAUUCUGUGCCCUCUUUACCGAAGCCGAAUGGCACAGUUACGGCUACUAUCAGACACUGGGCAAAUACUACGGCUAUUCUUAUGGCAAUCCUCUGGGGCCUACACAAGGGGUGGGCUUCGUCAACGAGCUCAUUGCGCGGCUGACCAACACCUCUGUUCAAGACCACACAUCUACGAACCAUACUCUGGACGAUGAUCCCGCCACGUUCCCUUUGGGCCGGCAGCUGUAUGCGGAUUUCAGCCACGAUAACGAUAUGACAGCCAUCUUUUCGGCACUAGGACUUUAUAACAACACGCUACCAUUGCCCAACACGACGGUCGUGGAGGCUAGUGCAGCGGGUGGUUACAGUGCCGCUUGGACCGUUCCGUUUGCUGCUAGAGCGUAUAUCGAGAAAAUGCAGUGUCAGGGGCAUUCGGGGGAACUAAUUCGUGUGAUUGUGAACGACCGUGUCCAGCCCCUCUCCUCUUGCGGAGGUGAUGCCCUUGGACGCUGCUCUCUGAGCAGAUUUGUGAGUAGUCUAGGAUUCGCAAAGACGGGAGGUCAGUGGGAGCAAUGCUUCGUCUGA